AUGAAAGCAAGAACUGAUAGUAUAAUUGAUAGUUUAAUAAAAAAAAAAGAAGUUUUAUUUUAUAUUGAUCGUGCUUAUGAUCUUCGUGUUAAUCCAGAAUUUAUUGAUUCAUGGAAAAUAAUAUUAAUUGAAGGUAUAGAUGACAAGAAGAUUUGGGAAUUAAUUGAUAAUAAACGACAUUAUUGUUUGAUAAAGAAUGCACCACGACAAGCACAAUAA